AUGUGGCUUGCGAAGCUCAACACGCGGUCGAGUCUUACAAAGGUGGGAGGCCCUGACGAGAAGAGCCGAGGCGCGAGCUCCUUCCCCGAGCUCGCUGGCCGGGCGGAGGCAACGGCGAGUUUUGAGGUGCUUUGUGGAGGGAUCAGCUUCAUGCCCUCCAACAUGGAAGCCCAGAGGCUCCGCGUGAAGGGCAUGAAGUGCAACUCCUGUGUGAAGAAGAUCAAGGAGGCCCUCCAGGACCUGCCCUGGCCAGAAGUUGCAGCGGUGGAAGUGGACCUGGCCAAGGCCUUGGUGGAAGUGCGCCUCCUGGAGGAGCCACAGCACAAGGCCUAUGAGGCAAUCUCGCAAGCCAUCGAAGGCUUAGGCAUGGAGGUAUCCCAGUACGACAUCGAGGCGCCGAAAGAGGCAGAAGCUCCGCGGGUAGUGGACUUCGAAGUGCGGGGCAUGAGCUGCGGGUCCUGCGUGAGGAAGAUCGAACAGGCGGUGAAGAGUCUGCCAGACGUCCUGGAUGUGAGCGUGAACCUCCUAUCAGAAUCAGCACAGGUGCAAGUCCGGCCAGGCGCGGAUGCGAAGGUGAUCGUUCCUGCCAUCCAGCAGGCCAUUGCAGCAGUGGGCUACCAGGCAAGCCCUACGAACUUAGCAACGGAAGCCUCCGAUGCCGAUCUGACCCUGGAAGUGCUUGGCAUGACCUGCGGCUCCUGCGCUUCUACAGUUGAGCGCGCUCUUCAAGGCACCGGACUCGUCCAGCAGGCCUUCGUGAACCUCCUGGCGGAGACGGCCUCGGUGCGGCUGAAGUCGGGAGUCUCCGCGAACGCGGUGGAGGAGCUGAAGGAGGCGGUGGAGUCUGCCGGGUACUCCGUGGCACUCAAAACAGCGGAGGUUGGAGAGGAAGAGGAGAUCUUGCUGGCCGCUUCUUUCCCAGCCCAGGCGGACCUGGAGUCCCGCAGCUCGGUGCUCGCGCGCGCGGCCGCGGAGCUGCGGCGCUGGGCCGCGGUGGUGGCGGUGGUGCCGAAUGUGAGCUCCGAGGUGGAGCUUCGAGUUCGGUUCCGCCCAGCAGGGCAGCGAGAGCAGGUGGUGCGGCAGAUGGUUUGGUACCUCGAGGACCUAGGCCUGGAGGUCCGGGCCCAGCAAGCCACCCAGUCCCCGCUGCAGCGAGCGCAGGCCAGGCGCGCAGAGGAAGCACUGCAGUGGCGCAAGAGUUUCUUGGUGGCGUUGGUCUUCACGGUGCCCGUGGUGGUGCUGAUGUGGCUUUUGCUGCCCAUCAAGGCGGUGGAAGCUGCGCUCAUGCUCGGAGGCACGGACCUCGCGGGCAUCCUGAUGCUCGUGUUGGCCACCCCUGUCCAGUUUGUGAGCGGCUGGGUCUUCUACCGCGAAAGCUUCCAGGGCCUGCGCCACCGCAAGCUGGGCAUGUCCGCCAUGGUGGCCCUAGGCACGUCUGCCGCCUAUGCGUCCUCCUGCGUGACCCUGGUGAUGAAGCUUUGCCACGACGAGCCAGCAGCCAUGCACCUCGACUUCGACACCUCCGCCCUGCUGGUGACCUUUGUGCUGCUGGGGAAGUGGCUGGAGUGCCGCGCCAAAGGGAACACCGGUGACGCCAUUACUGCCCUGCUGGCCUUGCAGCCACAGCGGGCAUUGCUGAUGCUGCAGGACAGCGAGCGGCAGGUGGACAGCAAACUGCUGGUGAAGGGCGACCUGGUCCGGGUGCUUCCAGGCUCCAAGGUCCCGGCGGAUGGCCUCGUGCAGUCCGGGGAGUCCUCCGUCGACGAGUCGGCGCUCACAGGGGAGGCAUUGCCGGUGCCCAAGGGCCCCGGGGACAAAGUGGUGGGCGGCACUACGAACCACGGAGGCCAGCUGCAGGUGCGGCUGGAGGCGGUGGGCGCGGACUCAGCGCUGGCGCAGAUCGCCGGGCUAGUGGAGCAGGCGCAGUCGCAGCGGGCGCCCGUGCAGGAGUUUGCAGACAAGGUCUCUGGGGUGUUUGUUCCCACCGUCAUGGUCCUCAGUCUGACCACGCUGGUGCUGUGGCUGCUGCUGCUCCACUUUGGCGUUGUGAAGAUGGACCAGUUGCCGGAAGCAGACCGCCACAAUGCCUUCUCCUUCAGUCUGAUGAUGGCCAUCUCGGUGCUGGUGGUGGCGUGCCCCUGCGCCUUGGGCCUGGCGGCGCCCACGGCGGUGAUGGUGGGCACCGGGGUGGGGGCCAGGAGUGGGGUGCUCAUCAAGGGCGGCCAGGCCCUGGAGGCGGCCCACUUGGUGGAAGCUGUGGUUUUGGACAAGACCGGCACCAUCACCGAGGGCAAGCCCAAGGUUACGGAUAUCGAAUCCGCAGCCACAGAGCUACCAGACGUGCAGCGCCACCUGCAGUCCUUAGGUCUGACCUUCGACUCUGAGACGGUUUGGAGCCACAUGCUGCCGGCGCUCUGGUUGGCCGGCAGCGCGGAGAAGGGCUCUGAGCACCCGCUGGGCCAGGCCAUUGCCCAGGAGGCGCAGCGCCUAACCGGCGGCCUGGCUGAGCCGCGGAGCUUCAAGGCCUGGCCUGGCCGGGGCUUGGAGGCACGGGUCCUGGAGCACCAGGUCCUCUUGGGCAACAUGGCGUGGAUGGAAAGCAACGAUGUUGACGUCAGCCGCGCAUCCCAUUUCAUCAACCUACAGGCCCAGCUGGAGGAGGACGGGAAGACGGUGAUUUUCGUGGCGGUGGACGGGUUGUUGAGCUUGCUCCUGGCGCUUAGCGACACCGUGAAGCCGGAGGCUGCGCAGACCAUCCAGGCUUUGGCUCGCAUGGGCCAGGAGGUGUACAUGCUCACCGGGGACAAUGCCCGCACGGCCGCCGCCAUCGCGCGCCGGGUGGGCAUCCGCCCCGCGAACGUGGUGGCGGGCGUGCUGCCCUCGGGGAAGGCGGAGAAGGUGAGGGAGCUCCAGAGGAGACUAGCUCCGAGCUCUCACGCACGGGAGGUGGCGGCGAAGCCCCGGUGCGUGGCGAUGGUGGGGGACGGGGUGAACGAUGCCCCGGCGCUCGCGCAGGCGGACCUGGGCAUCGCCAUCGGCGCGGGGGCGGAGAUCGCCAUGGAGGCAGCGGACAUGGUGCUGGUGCGCUCCAAACUCUCUGACGUGGUCACUGCGCUGCACCUCUCCACUGCCAUCUUCCGGAGGAUCCAGCUGAACUUCUUGUUCUCCCUGGGCUACAACUGCCUCAGCAUCCCCCUGGCCGCGGGGCUCUUCUUCCUGCUGACGGGUCAGCCCCUGGCGCCCUUCGUCUCGGGCGGCGCCAUGGCCCUCUCCUCGGUCUCGGUGGUGUCCUCCUCCUUGCUGUUGCGGCGGUACCGGGCCCCGACCGUGGAAGGCCCUCCGCGGGAGUUUUGGUUCUCCCGCCUGGCGGAGCGCAUGGGGCUCCGGGCGCGGCGCGAGCUGCUGGAGGACCGCCAGGCUCAAAUCCUCUCGGCGCAGCUGCAGCUGCAAGGCAUGGUGGAGACCUGCGGACAUCUCAAAGGUGCCGACUGCGCUUGCGAGCCCUGCCUUUGCCAGAGGUGCGGCUCGCACGUGAGCACCGCAGCAUCCGAGUCCUGA